AUGUUCCAAUUCAGAUAUUUCUCAUCUGCGGACAAAGAAUCUCGAGCACGUUGCGAGGAUGAAUGUGAAGAAGUUUAUUAUACGUUCUUCACCUAUGGAGCGUGUGUUGACGAUAUCUUUGGUCGUUUCAACAGGGACUCACAACCCGAAUGCAAUAUGCGAUGUGGAAUGCGAGUGCGGACACUGGCUUCAAUAGCCGCAUUCCUCGUAAUUGCAGCCGCUUUGGCGACUCUCAUCUUCAUUUUGCCAAUGUGUAUUGCCACUUGCUCAUCGUGUUUGAACGCCAAAAAGGCUAAUAAAAAUGCGAAACGAGUAUUCGUUGAAUCACAGCAGAGCCAGCCGUCCAAGGAGCAACAAAUGCAAACGCUUUCCUAUAAUCCUUAUGCAUAUUGGCCCUAUUACGGGCGAGCCUAA